AUGGCAUUCUCGUUCAUAAGGCUUGGAUUACGCUCGGUUGCUCUGAAUUUAGAAAGAGCAGCCAUUCUCUCUACCGCAUCAGUACAGAGUAAUAUGAAGCUCAUCCAUACGCAGCCGAUCUGCAACGGCACAGUAUGCUACUUGCAAGACAAGGUUCGCGACAAUCACGACGUGGCAGAGAGGAGCUCCAACUCCUUGCGGCGGUGCUACAGCAAACAGCACGGCAGGCCCGAGGAGCUCAGGAGGAAAAAAGAGUCCGACAGUGAGAGCGACUCGGAUACAGAAUGCAAGGGAUUUGAUAGGACGGAAUUUUGGCGUCGCAAGAUGCGCACGGUUCACAACAUUCUGGAUGUUGACAAAGACGGCUUGGUCUCCUUUAACGACUUCCUGCUUUUCGCUGAAAGGUUCAAGGCUCUCGGGCACCUUGAUGACGAGCAGGCGAGGGAGUUUAUUGAUAUCAUAAAGAUGACAUGGGAAGAGCAAUGGGGCGCCAUCGACCCGUACAACUUCGUGACCGUGGAGCAGUACUUGGAGGACAUGCAUCACGUGCUCAACGACAAGUCCCUGAAGAAGAGGGCGCACCGCUGGUUGCCGUAUUUGUUUAAGGCUGUAGACAAGGACAAGUCGGGUUACAUAUCAGUGAAGGAGUUCAAACUCUUUUUCCAGUGUCUCGGGCUCGAUAAUGAACACGCGGCCGUGGCUUUCGCUGUCAUCGACACUAACGGGGACGGCAAAGUGUCCCUUAAAGAGUUCGUCAAGUUGGGUAAGGAAUUCUUCUGCACCGAAGACGAAACCAAAGUGUCCAAAAUGUUCUGGGGGCCACUCAUCGACGUGUGA